GGCGGAGGAUCCUCUGUGCCGAUCAUCACCAUGGAUGACUAUCCCAUCCAGGGCCUGUUGGCCCUCUUUGUCCUGUUGGGCCCACUGUUCCGGUUGAUAUUCCCACUGGGAUUUGGACGCGUAUGCACGUCCCGUGUAUUACUUCGGUCUGGGACAGUAACACUCGGACCCACAGGUCUGGGACAGUAACACUCGGACCCACACCUACGGAACAGGCAGAAAUUGACCGCAGGUUGGUAGAGAAGAAGAAAGAGAAAGAAGCUAAGAAGAAACAGAAAGAAGAAGAAGCAAAAAAGAAGCUGAAGGAAAAGAUGGAGAAGGAAUUAGAAGAAGAACUGAAGAGUAUCCAAGAAGAAGAAGAGGAAGAAGAACAGGAAGAAGGGGAGACUUUAGAAAGACGUCGUCGCCUUGACAUACCUGAGAGUACUGAUGCUGCAGCGAACCGGCUUCCAGUUGAACCGCUGGACUGGGCUGGUCAGUAUUCCUACACCAGCGAACCAUUACGUGAGUCUGAAGAAGAGCGAGAUGUGUUCAUUGCCAGGCUGUCCACUGUCACUGAUUUAGCUGAACGAAAUCUGAUGUUGGAGGAGAAGAGGGCCGACCUGCAUAACAAAUUGCUAGCAGCCAAGAGGCAAGAAUUGGAAGAGAAAAAGAGGCUGCAGGCAGAGGGGGAGAAGUUGCAGAAAGAAUUAGAAGCUCAAAAGGAUAAACCACCUGCCACAGAUGAACAACUUGCUCUCCUCAGAGAGGCCGUCCUCAACACAAGGCAAGAAAUGGUCUUAAUGCAUCGGACGUUACAGAAGGUAGAAACUCAUCGGAGUGAGUUUGAAACUGUUUGGAACAACCUCCUGGAAAAAUCAGCAAAGGACGUGGACCAGCACAUCCAGACCUAUAUCAGGGCUUUAGAUGAACACAUCACUAAGACCUUCACUCCAGAGGUCAUAGAAAAAUUGUCAAGGGGGCUGGAGACGCAGGAGGAGAUGGCGGCGAUGACGGCGAUGACGGCGAUGAUGACAAAAAGGGGAAAUGGGAUGGUGUUGAUGAUGAGUUCAUGUAUGGGAAGCGAUGCCAUGAGCUUCUCAAUCUCGGUGCAGAAGGAGGCGGGUUGCAGCUCAGUGGUAGAGUUCUCACAACAAACUCGGAUUGAAGACUUUCUUAAAGCAGUUCGAGAACGAUUUGAGGACAAGAACUUAGGACGUCGCACAGAGAUGCUGAUCCUCAACCUCCCUGAUAGGAAAUGGAAGAGCACCUCUGCCCUGAAAGCAACCAUGGACGAAUUGUUACAAUGCCCCGACCAUGGACUUACACCUGCCCAAAUUUUGAACAUCUUUGCGCGAGCACUUCCUGAUCCCCUGCGAACACAACUCUAUCCCCGUGUCAAAGAAGAUGGAAUGACUUACGAGAAGUUCAGCAAGAUCGCGAUAGAUCAUGCUGGCUUCCUCGCCGAAGCAAAUUACUGCCACUACUGGAAAGAUCUGCAAGCGGGAAAGAAGUGGCAAAACCGCACUAUCUCAGGGUCUAUACCUGGGAAGGAUAGUCUCCUUCUAACCUUUGAAGAAGGAGGCGUCGAGACCAUCUCCUGGGAUCAGGUAGAUUAUGGACUCGACGAACUCAGUGGACCGAUAACUCAGGAGGGGAGUUAUGCGGCCGUUGUAGCCCGCGGGGGAGGGCGUCAAGGAAGAGGGUGUGGCCGAGGAAGACGUCGCGGCCGUGGUGGACGAGGAUCAGGCACCCAGAGGGGUGGUGGCGAAGGAAGCCACUACGUGGGAGGAAGGGGAAAUGGUCCCUCGCAAGGUGGCCGUGGGACUUAUUCCACCUAGGGUAGAGGAAGAGGCGCAUGGUUUGGAAAUUGGGAUAAACCUUACCCGCCUCA